UCGUUUCUCGGCCUUGCAGCGCGCAAGAUCGCCCGCUCGGAACCGAUUCGGAGCCGUAGUGGUAUCAUCGUCGCGGCGUCCAAGUGUGCCAGCGCGUCGCUCUCGCUCGUUCUGCCUCGCUCUCUCUCCGUCUCUCCACGGCGCCGCGCGAAUCAGUGAAGUUUAAAAUCGCGCACUCGGCUCCAGGGACCGCCGGGAUCCGCGGAAUCACGUAGCUGUCCUCGCGCUCGUCGAGAGGAGACUUCAUCGUGCGCGAUUGGGUCGCUGCCGCGACCCACACAUCGGCAGAGGUGGCGUGGGGCACGGCCGUGAUGGAAUUGCAGAGCUGGCUGCUUUAUCACCUGGUGGCCGUCACCGACUGCAAUCAAGUGAUGCAGUCGGCGAACGGAAUCGGAGGUGGCGGCGGCUCUUACACCGCCGGAGGUGGGACCGGAAGUCGCACUCGCGACUUAGGGCUGCGUGCCCAGAAGAAGUUGCUAGGUCGUAUAGUGUCCACCGGGGCCGGCCGGUCGCUCUUCAUCGACGACGCCACGGCGUCGUUGCUCGACAACCUGUACAAGCUGAUGGAGAGCGUCGCUAAGAGCAACCCGCACUUGGACAAGAAAGAGCCCGAGAAGGUUCUAAAGAACAUCGUUAAGUUGUCUAUUAAGAUCGGGCUCGUGCAACGCAGCCACCAAUUCCGUCCGAGCGACGCGGAGAAGCUGGAAGAAAUCCGGGAGGCCUUGGGAGCGAUGGCGAUGACCGUCGUCUCGUUCUACGAGGUGGACUACAGUUACGACCAGGAAUACCUGUCGGGAUCCCUGGAGCGCUGCCGGUCACUGAUACAGGAACUGAUAAAGCCGCACCUCACCGACAAGUCGUCGCAGCGCUGCGACCAAGUGUUCGACUUCCUGUCGUAUCCAAAAUUCUUGGACUCGGUGUUCAGAUACGAUUCCGAGCAUAGACCCGUCCUCGGUAUGCUAGUCAGUGACCUCAACAAGGCGCUGGAUGCCAGGCGGCUUUGAUUCAUCGAGGAUGUCGGGACCACGUCGGCUAUGGCGGUGGCGACGAAUCGUCGUUCGCGAAGCGGGCGCCUCCAUCUCCCUCGGCGACGGCUUCGCGGAUCGUGAUCGAUGACGAGUCAUGGGGACGAGAAGUCGCGAGGACGAGGACACGGCAACGAGACCACUGUAUACACACAUGCAUACACGAACACACACAUACAUACGCGUGAGCUUCGUCGAACGUUGUUUCGUACACGCUGUAGUAAACCGGACGUGCCGCAUACUCUCGGUGUGACGACCGGGAUUGGGAAGCAUCACCGUUAGAGAGUCAUAUAUUACAAAUUAAAAGUGACAAGUUGCAAAUUACAAGCUACAAAUUACAGCCCAGUAAACACAAACGAACGGUAACAUUGCAAUGUUAUAAUUUCUCACGUAAUAAUGUAAGUGCGAUGUAACGUGCGUUAUAUGUAACCGUUACGUUGCCGAGUGGGAAAUUAUAACAUUGUUAUUUAAUUUUAUGGUAAUUUUUGUUAUAAUAUUUUCUCCGUGAAUGGUGACGCGAGUUACUUCGAAAACGCGACUUCCCCAACCCCGGUGACGACGUGUAGUUUGUCGUAGCGGUAGAUUAUAAACAAAGGUGUUUUUCUUGCUCGCGACCAUCCCCCCUCCGAGCUGGGCACCCGGCCAGCACGUGGCCGGACCACGCUCACUGAUUUAUCGCAAUAAUCAUCUAAUACUCCGCUUACUUUAAGAACAUCUCUUACCCGGGGCGUUACCUAUCGACUGUACGUACGUACGUAUGUAUGUAUAUACGAAGUAUAUGUGUAUUAUAUUUGCGUCGGGUACACGCACACAUACAGACGCACGCGCAGGAUACCAAUUGCCAAUCCAUACCAAAAGAGGAAAUAACGAGCUUACGCCAGGCGCGGGCCGGCAAGGCGAAAUGUCGAGAUCGCGCGUAUUUGACGACACUCCCCGGUUACUCUCUCGUUUUCGCCUUUUUUAGAACUUUAUAUACACACGCGAAGAGAGGAUACAUAUUUUUCCUAGAGUCUAAAUAAAUUCUCACGGUCCAACUGUAGAAUUUAUUCGAGCACACGUGCGACAUAUCAUUAUUCUCUAUUCUCAUUUUGCGUGCCGAGUCAACUGACUCUCUUAAGCGGCGUCUGCAAUAAGUGUAGUAAGCUUCUUGCCACUUCAAGAAAUUGACCAAUGACGGUCGAAUGAGGCAAGAAUAAUCGAUUGUGAUCGAUCAAUUCCUUACGGCCUAAAGCUUACUAUCCUUAUCGUAGACACUCCGUUCUAUACGACGAGUUUUAUAACUUUUACUAAGUAAGCAAAAAUCGUAAAACGAUCGUCAUAUGUGAUUCCGAGAAACGAUCGUAUUAGAAGUAUCAUUCACGAUGAUGCGCGUCACACGCGUUCGAGAAGCUGAGGCGCAUUGAACGCACGGCCCUUGCGCACACGAUCACGGUGUGAAACUGCAACUAAACUCAUAAAAGUCAUUCCGCACGGAAAGAACGGCAACGCAAACCCAACACGUUUCGUCGAAGGAAAUCGAAUUUUCGGUUAAAAGAACUGAAAUUGAUUCAUAAAAACCAGAAAUUCUAUUUCCCUUUAACGCUAAAACGCGCUCGUUUGGUCAUCGUCGAGUAAAUUCGACCGAACGUUUUUUGUGUAGAUCGUGAAAUCGGACAGGUACUCGUUUCGGUAUAGUCGGCAUAUAAAAGCUGCAACACUUCUUUUCUCAACGAGUCUCGUAACACACUUCGUACCCAAUAGGAAAAUGUAUUUCUUGGGAAUGAUUAAAGAGCGAAUUCUCCUAUUGGACACCGAAAGCGUUGCCACGGACUCAUCGAGAAAGAAAGGUGCUGCAACUUUUAUCACGCCGACUGUACAUACAAUUUUCACUUGUGAUCGCGAUUGAACAUGAAGUUACCUACCUUAUCUAUUCGUUUUAGAUUUAAUUAUAAUUUAAUUAUUGCCAUUUUUGCGAAUGACGUUCGCGCGUAGCGCGGCUGGUGCGUCGUGGGGAAACGCGGCAAACGGUGGCGGUGCGGAAAGAUGCUGAAGCCGGGCUCGGUCAGACCCGAUUGCGUUCGACCAGCGAAUAUCGACGCGUGCCGUGUAGGACGGAUUGUCCUUCGUAUUUAAAACCGCCCCCGGUGAUAGCGUCGCGUGCAACGCUGGCUAUCUUUUUUGCGUCAAACCGCCGGCCGACGGUCACGCGACCGGCUGAGUGCUCCGCGUAAUUUCCAAUUGCUAUUUCGCGUUAUGGAUUAUAACGCGACCGCUAGGGGACGAGAUCGAAACUCGGACUCCGAUAACGAAGCGGUCUUCUCUACGUUCGAUCGAUCGUCCGGUCUACGUUCGAGAAACACCAACGCGAAAUAUUUACGAAUAAUUCUUCGGUGACUUAAAUAAUCUCGCGGUUUGAAAAGGUGGACGAAUGCAAAGGGUGGGGGAGGGGAAUCGUAGGACGUCUCUUUUAGAGCACAAGCGCUCUUCCUCGAGCUUCAUCGAAGUCAGGAAAAUAUUGUGAUUAAAACCGAGGAGGAUGGGAAGUUUCUCGGAGAUUUAAGAGCGAGUUUUGUUGAAAAUUCGCAUCUCGUGAAGUUUUGCGGUGAUUUUCGUGAUGUCAGAGUUUCUCGCCGAAUUUUCGAGUUUUCCGCGAAAAGAGGGGGGAUCGAGAUUCAAAAUACGGUUAUUCUACUUGAUGAGCUCGCGGCGCAUCCUGCGCAGGUGUGACCGUCCGCCGAAUAACGGACACAAUAUAUGAAUAAAGACAGCGUAUAUUCGUGAUAUAUUCGUAGUAUAUGAAUGUACGUUCUCUCUGCAAUAAUUUGUAAUAUGCGAAUAGGCAGCACCGGCCCGGACAGCGAGCGAAGAACUUACACUUAUUGGAAAAAUCCCGCGAUGCGUCGCGUUCCGAUCGACAUAAUUCACUAUUAUCACAAUCUUUCUCUCUCUCUCUCUCUCUGUCUCUCUUUCUUUCUUUCUCCUCCCUUCUCCCUUCCACUUGCAUGCACAAGCACAUUUAUUUACACGAUCGAAUACGAAGGAACAAUUCCUAUAUAUCCCGAUUUACACGCGAUCAGAUAUCCCUCGGACGUGCAUACAGGUGAGUCAGUUCAAAUGUUACAAAUUUAUAUUUCUCGGAAACAAAGCAUUUCAGAGAAAAAUGUAUCGUAUAAAAGUUUCGUGACUUCGUUCCGGUCUGAUCUUAGAUAGUCAUUUGAAGAUCACACGAAGGUCAAGGUGCCGAUUUCUUAAAUGAAAAUCCCCACUUUUCACUGCGUAUUUUUUGUAGCUUAGAGCUCUUCUAAACACUGUAAUGAAGUAUUUUUUAAUUAAAUAUUUAAGAAGUCAUGAAACCUUUAUUCGAAACAUAAACCUCUAAAGUGCUUUGUUUCCGAGAUAUAAAUUUGUGACACUUUACCGACUCAGCCUGUGUACACAUACAUAGAGCGAGAGACAUAUACAUACACACACAUUCGUAUAAGGGGGAAAAAGAGGGGAGCGGGGGGAACGACUUUGUCGACACACUCUAUGCGCAUUUUGUACGCGAUAUACACCCACUUUACACGUUAUUUGUGACGAUUGUCGAUAUUAAGAGAAAUGUUGUAUGGACGAGAUAUAUAUACACCACGCCAUUAAUAAUAAAUUAUUAUUAAUAAACAUAUCGA